UCGCUCAACUCCCAUCGGCCCAACUGUUUUUUCGUACUCGUGUCCGCGUUCUAAACCCACAACCCCCUCCUGCAAACCGCGGCAGCCUGCGCGGCCACAACCGAGGCCACGAUGCCGUCGAUCGCCGGCGGCCUCUUCUCCGCGGGCAGGGGCAUCUCCUGGCUGCGCCUCCGCCGCCUCCAGCGCCCGCUCCUCUCGUCCCUCUCCGCCGGCGGCGGCAGCGACGCGCCGCAUCUGCCCGUGGUCAUCGUCGGGGCCGGGCCCGUCGGGCUCGCCCUCUCCUUCCUCCUCGCCAAAUUCGGCAUCAAAUGCACGGUCCUAGAGAGAAGCAUGGAGUUCACUCGGCACCCCCGAGCGCAUUUCAUCAACAACCGCACCAUGGAGAUCUUCCGCAAGUUCGACGGCCUGGCCGGGGACAUCGAGAGGGCUCAGCCGCCGGUGGAUCUGUGGAGGAAGUUCAUAUACUGUACAUCGCUCUCCGGAUCCAUUCUCGGUUCGGUUGAUCACAUGAAGCAGGAAGAUUUUGACAAGGUCGUUAGUCCUAUAUCGGUUGCACACUUCUCGCAGUACAAGCUAGUGGAUUUGCUACUCAAGAAACUGGAUGGCGUUGGCUUUCAGACGUGCUUUCCUGACGAGCUAGGUGGUAGCUCUGCUCAAGAUUUGCUGCUGGAAAACAAGAUACUGAUGGGACACGAGUGUAGCUCCAUUGAGCUGACCGAUGAUGGUAUUUUGGUUGGAGCAUCGUUUAACAAUGGGGGGAGGAUGCAGGAGAGGAAGCUUCACUGUGGCCUUCUUCUAGGGGCAGAUGGCGCUAGAAGCAAAGUGCGUGAGUUGGCUGGUAUAUCUAUGAAAGGUGAAAGGGACUUGCAGCAAUUGGUCAGUGUUCAUUUUGUGAGCAGGGAUCUUGGAAAGUAUUUAUCUAGUGAGAGGCCUGGCAUGCUGUUCUUUAUUUUCAACCCUGAUGCAAUUGGUGUGCUGGUGGCACAUGACCUGGAGCAUGGGGAAUUUGUGUUGCAGGUUCCAUUUUAUCCGCCUCAGCAGAUGUUUGAGGAUUUUAGUGCAAAGGUGUGCGAGCAAAUUAUUGUCAAAUUGGUUGGAUGGGAGCCAGCAGAUAUUCAGGUUUUAGACAUAAAACCAUGGGCAAUGCAUGCUGAAGUUGCAGAGAAGUAUGUUGGCUGCGACAAUCGUGUAAUCCUAGUUGGUGAUGCUGCUCACCGCUUUCCUCCUGCUGGUGGUUUUGGAAUGAACACUGGUGUUCAGGAUGCACAUAAUUUGGCUUGGAAAUUGUGUUUACUUCUGAAUGGCAUCGCUGACCCAUCAAUUAUACAAACUUAUGAGUCAGAGCGUAAACCUGUUGCCACUUUUAACACAGAACUUAGUUUGGAAAACUUCAAGGCAGCAAUGUCUAUUCCUGCUACCCUUGGCCUUGAUCCAACAAUUGCAAACUCAGUGCACAGAGUAAUCAACAGCAGCCUAGGAUCAAUCAUUCCAAGAAAUUUACAGAAGGUGGUUCUGGAAGGAUUAUUUUCCAUUGGUCGGACACAAGUCUCGGACUACAUUUUGAGUGAGAACAAUCCCCUUGGAUCCUUGAGACUGGCAAGAUUGAGAAGUAUUCUUGAUGAAGGAAAAAGUCUACAGCUGCAGUUCCCUGCAGAGGAUCUUGGCUUCCGCUAUGGAAAAGGAGCCCUAGUUGCUGAAGAUUGUGCUGAGAGCACUUAUCAAGCAGAAGACCUGAAGCAUUCUAAGAGGUCAUCAGGAGAGUACAUCCCUUCUGCUAAGGUUGGUUCACGGCUACCACACAUGCUGGUGAGACCACUGUCCGCUUCGAGUGAGGGCGUGUUCUCAACACUGGACCUAGUAAGUGGGGAUAAAAUUGAGUUUGUUAUCAUCAUCGCACCACUGAAAGAGUCAUAUAAGCUUGCCCAGGCUAUGCUGAGGAUAGCAGAUGAAUUCGAGCUAUCAUCCAAAGUUUGUGUCAUGUGGCCACAAGGUUCAAGGGACGUGGAAGCGAAAGGGAGCAUAUCUGAGUUGGCACCCUGGACAAACUAUGUCGAUGUCGAGGAAAUACCAAGGGCAACUGUGAACUCAUCAUGGUGGGAGAUGUAUCAGGUAAGUAACAGAAGUGUUAUUUUGGUUAGGCCUGAUGAGCACAUAGCAUGGAGAACAGAACCUGACAUGGUGAGAGAUGCUUAUUCAGACGUUAGGAGAGUCUUUUCUCAGAUUUUGAGUUUAAAUAGGCCCCAGGUGUAAGAAUGCCCAGAUAUACAUUCAGUAACUGACUGGGUUCCAGUGCCAAACUUAGAACUUCGGCCACUAGACGUGGACAUUAACCGUUCCAUGCUGCAUUAUUUGCAUGUACAUGACCGUCAGGUUUGUUUCUUGAUAUCUUCUCACACAUGUUGGUUACAUUAUCAUACAUUUGACAUGAACUUCCCGGAGAUGUUACAUCAAUGUGAAUAAAAUUAUCUUUGUUCCAUCA